UUGAUCUCUUCGGGGAAAAUGCGACACUGAUCCCAAGUCAGGCUUAGAGCAUGUUUACGUCAAGGGAUAUUUCGUCACACUGAAAUACGGCAAACACAAAAUAGCAAUGCCAGAAAUUCUCGGGCAAUGCAACUCAACAAGGACAAAAUUUUAGAUAUUUGAAAGUUUAGAGCAGUAGACGCAAACGUGGACCUGGCGUGAUGGAAACGGAGGAACAAGCAAGGAACCGUUUCCAAUCGGAGUUGGAAUUCAUACAGUGUUUGGCAAAUCCAAAUUAUCUCAAUUUUCUUGCUCAGAGAGGUUACUUCCGAGACAAGCCCUUUGUGAACUACUUGAAGUACUUGCUUUACUGGAAGGAACCUGAAUAUGCCAAAUUUCUAAAAUACCCCCACUGUCUGCCCAUGCUGGAGCUCCUGCAGUACGAGCACUUCCGCAAGGAGCUGGUCAAUGCCCAGUGUGCCAAGUUCAUCGACGAGCAGCAGCUCCUGCACUGGCAGCACUAUGCCCGCAAGCGCACCCGUCUCCAGCAGGCCCUGGUGGAGCAGCAGCAGCAGCAGGCCCUGCAGCAGCAGGCCCCCCACAGCAACGCCGUGGCCAAGUGAGACGUGGUGUGGGGACUGGGGAGAGAGCAAGAGAGAGAGAGAGAGAGAGAGAGAGAGAGAAAGAGAAAGAGAGCCACUUACUCCAGGAGGAGGAAAAUGAGAGGGGAAUGAGAGAGUAAAAGAAACAGCCCCUGCUUCAGAAGACACUCUCAUGAACAGUGACACAACUGGGUGGUGUUUGAAAGCAUCAGGAUGAGGUCUGCCUAACACAUGCAGGGAUGGAGGGCCUGGAGAGAAGACAGAAGAGUAAGAGCUGGAGAUGGCACGGCAGUUGAUUGAUGCUUACACUGGACACAUAUACCUGUGGCAUUGCUCAAUGCUCAUCAUGCAACAAUAGUCAAGUUUGCCUUUAUUUUUUUUUUCUUUAAUGUUAGAUCUUGUAAGAAUUUGUCAUGGAGAACAUGAGAGAAGUGCUCUGAUGGUUGAAUUUUAAGUCUUCUAAAAAGUAGUAACAGAGUAAUUUGUGGUAUGAGAGAUGUCUGCCAGUUUGGAGUGAUGCAGUCAUCAGUUUGCUGUAGGCUUUUAAUGAACAUUUCUGUUGCUGCCCUCAGUUUUUUUGUAAAAUGUGGAAAACCCUUUUGUACACUUAUUAAAGAGAUUUUGUAUAUCAAACAAUCGCCUUUAUAAAUCCCACGUAGGUCUAUGGGCUAUGUACUGCAUGCAGUAGAGCAACCUGAGGCCAUUUCUGAAUCCUUGGCAGUUAGUUCAGAUUCUUUAUGGUAUCUAAUUAACAUCAGUCACCUCUCAAAAAUAACAGGAGGCUAAAUAGAAACUAGAUGUACCAUAUAGCUGUACAAAAUAUGACUGCCAUGAAAAUAAAUCGCAUUUGUCAAUUAAUCCCCAUCUACUCUCCAUCCCCCUCUCUUGCAACUUUUGUGUAUGCUUGUAUGUGCGUGCGUGCGUGUGAGGUUGUAGGUGUCUGGAUGUGUGCAUACAGUAUGUGUGAGUGCAUGCAUGCAUGUGAGGGUGUGGGUGCCUGUGUGUGUUUAUCCUAUAGAUUUUUUUGAUAAGGGGUGUCAGGGUGUAAACAUCUAGAUCUGGUGAAAGAGUAUCAAUAUACUCUGAUAAAAAAGUACUUAUAAAGAACUGACCAUUAACAUUUAGAUUUCCCAAAUUUGUAUAGGCUACUGUAUGCAAUGUUAGUCUACAUGAAAAUGCAUAAUUUUGUGUAACCAUUUCAUAACAUGAUAAUAUGCUGAGACCAGAAGAUGGCUGUAUUUGAGAUAUAUUUAUUUAAAUAUGCAAAUGUGUCCAAAUAUGCAAAUUCUUAUUAUUCUUGCACACGCUAACCGUGCGUAAUACAAAUAUGCCCCAAGCACAGAUUAAAUACUAUAGGACCAACUGAGUUGCGUUUGGUAAUGACCUUAUCAGAUCGUUUUAGGCUUCACUCUGUUUAGUAUAAUCACCCAGUCUUCACAAUGGCAGAUUUUCUGAUGAAAUAAUGUGGUGCUAUGUGGUGAUGUUACUGCCAGGACAGACAGACGAGCAAAUGGAUGAUGAAAUGUUCUGUCAGCUGCUCUGUCGAGCUGAGUCAUUUAUUUUUGAGA